AUGUGGUGUUAUCAGUUGGCUUUGUUCCUGCCUUGGCAUCGUGGACAGGAACUUGACUUCUCCAUGUAUCCUCCUUUCCCUGCAGGUAUUGAGAACCUGCCGUUUGAAUUGCAGAGAAACUUCCAGCUCAUGCGAGAUCUGGAUCAGAGGACGGAAGACCUCAAGUCGGAGAUCGAUAAAUUGGCCACAGAGUAUAUCAGCAAUGCACGGACUUUGUCUUCAGAGGAAAAACUGGGGCUUCUCAAGCAAAUCCAGGAGGCCUAUGGGAAAUGCAAAGAGUUUGGGGACGACAAGGUUCAGCUGGCGAUGCAGACCUACGAGAUGGUUGAUAAGCACAUCCGGCGGCUGGACACAGACCUUGCUCGCUUUGAAGCAGACCUGAAGGAGAAGCAGAUAGAGUCGAGUGACUAUGACAGUUCUUCCAGCAAGGGCAAGAAGAAGGGCCGAGCCCAAAAAGAGAAGAAAGCUGCCCGUGCUCGCUCUAAAGGGAAGAACUCUGAUGAAGAAGCACCAAAAACUGCCCAAAAGAAAUUGAAGCUUGUCCGCACUAGCACAGAGUAUGGGAUGCCUUCAGUCACCUUUGGAAACGUGCACCCUUCGGAUGUGUUGGACAUGCCUGUGGACCCCAAUGAGCCCACUUACUGCCUUUGCCACCAGGUCUCCUACGGGGAGAUGAUUGGCUGCGACAACCCAGAUUGUUCCAUUGAAUGGUUUCAUUUUGCCUGCGUGGGUCUGACAACAAAACCAAGAGGAAAAUGGUUUUGUCCUCGCUGUUCCCAGGAGAGGAAGAAGAAGUAAAAUCCCGUGAGCCCUCAGUACUGCUGCAGGAGCUCUCUUCCCCCUGCCAAGGCCUCGUCCCGGCUCCCCCAGCCCUUGGGGCCUUGGCUGAGGGGCAGCCUUGCCCUGUUUGUGGUUUGGGCCAUCCCUGGAAUGGUGUGUACCCUCACGGUGGUUCCUGUGUCCCUGGUUGCUUCCAAAUCCCUAAGGGAGGCCCUCUGUGUGUACUAUUCCAAACAGGUCUCUGAACCUCAAAGGGAAUGAGUGAGGGCACCAGGGUAGCCACCAGAUCCCCAGGGAUUCAGGUAGCCCCUGAUUUUCCUUGGCUUUCCUUCAGCCUCCUCAGAGUUCAUUGCCUACUCUCUGCUUAGAGAGCAAGGCUAUGGGAUGGGGGAAGGAAAGGAGGUAAGUCUUCAGCAUUUUAGGUCUUUGAUUUUCCUGGAUCUUUUUCAGGAGAGAGGGAGUUGAGAGAGACUGAAAACCUAAUGUACUCCCUCUCUUUAACCAUUCCACUACUGGCAUUGAGCAGCCUCUCUUACUGGGGAGAAGAGGAGGAGGGAGGAAUGUUUAGAGCUAGCUUUGUCUCUCUCAUUCCUGGGGUAAACCUGCUGGUCUGGGAAGCACAUUGUAUGAAGGAGGAAGAAUUUCUGACCACAUGGGGAGAAAUGGCUUGAUCUUGCCUGUCUUCUGGCUCCAAAAUUCUCCCUUCCUUUUGUGCAGCGGGGCUUCUCCAUUAUGUUGAUGAUGGGAAGUUUGGGGAUUCAGAUCCCACUUGUAUAAUACGGAAUUAAAUAAAGUUCAUUGAAGCAAAUACUCUGUUUGCCUUGCUCUCACCUCCAAAGUAAAGUGUGGCAAUUGG